CGCGUUUGUGAAUCUACUCAGAUUUACUGGCGACUGACAGUCUUACUCGUCGAGGUGAUUUAAGUUCACUAAAGCUGUCUCUAAGUUGGUUGUUCAUCCAUUCAAGAAUCUGCUCCUAAUUGAUGAAAAUUUAAUAUUCAUUAUAUCCAGUAAAAAUUAUCCUACCCGCAUUACUACUGGCAUUCUAAACAUGGUCCUAGGGUAUAGUUAUUCUUUAGACUGUGAUUCAGAGUCUGGAAAGAAUAACCUUGUUGAUUUGGAGGAAUUCCCUGCCUUAACAAAAUCAAAACCUAUCAGCUUCAGCGGUGUAACGUGGAAAAGCCAAGUCUUUGUUCCUACUGAGGAUUCCAUCGAGUCAGAGGCCACUGGAAAUAACUGUUUGAAUGUCUCUAAAAAGAAACGCCUAAAAAAGAAGAAGAAAAAGAUUCUUUGCAGUGGGGAAAGCACUGAUGAUAGCUCUCCUGCGAAGUGUUGUGACUUCUGUUUUUUUGUGAGCGAAGAAGUGGAAAGCACAAAAGCAAAUCAACCGUCAUUUCGUGAAACUCAUUUCGAAUUCAUAAAAAGUCACACUAAAUCAGAUACAAUAGUAACCAAUGGUGAUAGUCAUUUAACAGAAUCUUCAAUUGUUGAGGUUACUAACCCAUUUCAGGUGGAAGAUGAAGGUUUCGUUGACGAGUUAAUUGACUAUGCAACUAACCAUCAUCUUGUUUCUUAUUCUUUUCCCACGAAUACGUCAAAUAUUCUGUCCUCUGGUUCUACUCAGCACUCAAUCCAAUCUAGACCUAUUUACGAAUCACGAAUAAUUAGUCCCACAUGUCCGCUAAACUCCACAAAAGAUCAAAUGGCUGCAUUAGGGUUGAAUCACUCUGUGUCCAAUGCUUUAAAACUUCAAACAAAUCCUAUUAAAUGCCCUUUUAAAGAAAAGACACUAAGAAAUGCGCGACUAACUAAUACAGAACAACAUGCUCGAAGUAUGAGUCCAUCUAAUCUUACUGACACAUAUCUAUCUUCAAAAGAUACAAAUGAUCUUAUCGACGAAGAUGAUAUGGAGGGUACAGAUCUACUUCAUUUAAUCAGCAAUUCAUUAGAUCGAUUUAAUGCUAUUGUUCACCCACGAGAUAAUAUAUCAACAUUAACAUCUGGUUUAGGUGAAUCUAGAAACAUUUUAUCAGAAUCUGAGAGUAGUAAUAGUUACUCUCAAGAUUGUCUAUUUCCUACUGAUAUUGUUACAAAACCUACUACAAUAUUAUCUGCUGAUAGAGAAUGUAAAUUCUCGAAUAUGAUGAAUAUAGGCAAUAAAUUAGUCCAGAAACACUUUAAUCAUUCAUCGUUGUUAAUUUUGGAUUCUGAAGUAGAACAAGCUGAUAAACUUUUGGAAAUAAAUAAUUCUUCAUAUACGACUACUGCAACAAGUUCAUCUUUUGGGCGUUUACCACUAUCAUUAUCGUACUCAUACUCAAAUGAGGUCCCUUUAGCUUCUUGUCAACCGAAUACGACAUACUAUUCCAAUAUUCCAUCAACUAUACCAAUCAAUGUUACUGUUCCCGCUGUCACUAAAUAUAUUGUGCCACCAACCGAUUCUAUACAAGCUAAAAAUGUUCUUACGGAUAAGUCAAAAUCAUGUUGGCCAACUUUACCUGUUAGUGUAACUCAACAUAAUCCAAAAGUGUUAACUUCUUCCACAGAAUCAAACAAUUUACUUGUUGAAUUAAUUAACAAUAACCGAAAUGUGUUAACUGAUAAUGAUAUAGAAAUGUUAAAUUAUUUAAAUUUGGAUUUAAAAAAUCUUUUAUGUAAUGUUUCAACUACUUAUACCACCAAUACAACUUUAGUUGAUUCACCUUCUCUUCAUCAUAGUAGUGUUAAUAAUAACAAAUGUAACUCAAUGGGUUUAUUUGUUAAUCGAGACGAAAAUCUAUGGAAUCAUAGUAAAUCAUUUCAAUCCAAUAUGUCGUUAAUGCAUAAGACGCAACCACUAAGACAUCCAUCUCAGUCACCUCAAACAACAAGUCUACCGCCAUUAUCGGAAAUAUUUCUUCAGCAUUCUAAUACUGUGUCAUCAACUCCCGUAGAUGUAAUGAAAUAUGAAUGUUUAAAUGAUGAUUCAGAUAAAUUACUAAUGAAUUCAUCUGAUAAAAUGAUAUUUAAUACGAAAUGUAUUAAUAACGCAAAUAACAAACGUAAUGAUAAUUUUAUCGCAUCGUUCUCAUUAACAUCAGUAAAUAAUUCUACUGGAUGGUCGACAGAAGCAAUUAAUAGUUUGCCAUGCGACACAAGAAAUAUGUUAGCACGAUCGCAUUCAGUUGGAUAUCAUCAAGAAACUUCUGUUACUACAUCAUUAUCUACAAUAGGACCAGGAGUAGCAAUGACAACAUCAUGCCCUAUCAAUCGUACACCGAUUAUUAACGUGAAUUAUCCAUUGACAACUGGAAAUUUAAAUACGAGCCGCUUACCUAUUAUUGGACAUUCUACAUCUACAUCUGGUAAAAAUAAAAUGACGUCUGUAAGUUUACCACUACCAAUGUGUACUACUAAUUCUACUGUGAAAAAUUUAAAUGGAUCUCAACAACAGGAGGGAUUUUCCAGUGCUCACUGUAGACGACAAAACAAUAAUAAUAUACCUUCGAACAUUGGCAACAUUUCAGUUUGUUCAGUGGGUACUUUCAAUUCAGUAAAACAAGCAGGUUCGAAUUCCCAAUUGUCAUGUAAUAAAUCACGUUGUUGUACAAAUGGUCAAAUGGCACCAGGAGCAGUGACGACUAUAACACCAUCAGAUUCAUCAUUAUCAUCAUUAUACCCAGGUACAGAAUUGGUCAACGGAAAACCAGUUGUAGCUAAAUGGCGUCGUGCGUGCAGCUUUUACUUACGUGGACAUUGUAAAAAAGAAGAUUGUGAAUUUGCACAUGAUUUAACAAAGGUGACUUGUAAAUUCUGGGAGAUGGGUGAGUGUUUCAAAGGAUCCACCUGUCCAUUUCUACACGGUUAUCCACCAGAAUUGAAUAUUGAGCAGCAGCAUUCAUAAGUAAUAAACUGGAAUACGCGUGUGUGUACAUGGGCAGCUUUUAGUGUGUUCAUUUCCCUUUUUUCUACGUAACGCUCACAAUUUGAUUAUUUUAUUCCUUUUGUUUACUUGUACCAAAGAGAGGCUCCAUACGGGAAUACCUAAAAGAAAGGAAGUGAAAACACGACAUAAUCCUUAUUUAAAUGCAUUUUGUUUGUAUCUUUGUUGUCUUUUAAUAUGUUAAUUUAUUUUGUUUUCCUAUCGUACAUAUUUUACGUAUGGUUCAAGCUGAAAGCCCUGUCUCCCUCCCUUCUUGUAUUAUUCUGAGAUUAUUCUACUGGGAGAAACGAAAAGAGAACAUUUUUACACUUUGUUCACGUUCAUUAUUAUUAUUAUUAUUAUUAU